UGGCGUUUUUUUCUGCAUUGUAGCUCUCGAUUAUAUCGGCGUGCUUGUAGCUUCUGAAUCCCUGGCUGCUGUUUGUAGUUCGUCAUGGCGACCAGGCUUCAAUUCGAGAACAAUUGUGAAGUUGGUGUUUUCUCCAAGCUCACAAAUGCAUACUGCUUGGUCGCGAUUGGAGGGUCUGAAAGCUUCUACAGUAUCUAUGAGUCCGAGUUGGCAGAUGUCAUUCCCGUGGUUAAGACCUCAAUUGCGGGCACUAGAAUAAUCGGCAGGACAUGUGCUGGUAAGAUCAGUGUUUGUCUGUUGUUUCGUAUUGUUGUCUCUGUAGAACUUCAGCACUUGAGGAACAGUCUACCUGAUUCAGUUGUUGUCCAGAGGAUAGACGAGAGAUUGAAUGCUCUUGGAAAUCACAUUGCUUGUAAUGAUCAUGUUGCUCUUGCACAUACUGAUCUUGACAGGGAAACUGAAGAACUGAUAGCUGAUGUUCUUGGGGUUGAAGUACUCAGGACGACGAUCGCUGGUAAUAUUCUUGUAGGAACCUACUGUGCUCUUUCAAACAGAGGCGGCAUGGUGCACCCCCACACUUUCAUUGAAGAGCUGGAUGAGCUAUCCACCCUUCUUCAGGUCCCCUUGGUUGCCGGAACAGUUAACCGUGGCAGUGAUCUCAUAGCCGCAGGAAUGACAAUUAAUGACUGGACUGCAUUCUGUGGCUCAGACACUACAGCAACAGAAUUGUCUGUCAUCGAGAACGUUUUCAAGUUGAGGGAAGCUCAACCCAGCGCCAUCGUGGAUGAGAUGAGGAAGUCUUUAAUUGACUGUUACGUUUGAGAGAUGUUAUUUAGUGUCAGCUGGGAGUGUGCCACAUCUCUGUAUUCCCAAAUUGUCUCAUGUUUUCCUAGUUAUCUCCAUUGUAAGAUUGAGUUUUCACUUUUGAAACUUGACACAGUUGGUAUUUGGUCUAUGCCGGUGGUGUUAUCUGCUUACCAGUGCAGACUGCAGAGAGUGGAUUCAGACAUUCCCUGGCCUUUAUGUUAGGCAUUGAUGAGGCUGUAGGACUUUGUUGUGUUAUUACACAUGAGGAAGUGCAUGCUUUCCUGAAA